AUGACCAACCACGACAUUGAGCGCAUCAAGAACCUCCUCGGUACCCACAAUGACUUCCCCAAGAAGGGCAUUGUCUUUAAGGAUCUCUUCCCUGUCUUUCAAGAUCCCACUGCUGUCGAGGCAUUGAUUAGCAACAUUGUCCACCAUAUCAACUCGACCUAUGAACAAAAGAUUGACGCCGUUGUUGGUCUUGAUGCUCGUGGUUUCUUGCUUGGUCCUUUGGUCGCCAUGCGUCUUGGUGCUGCCUUUGUUCCUGUUCGUAAGCAAGGAAAGCUUCCUGGCGAGUGCGUAUCCGCUGUCUAUGAAAAGGAAUAUGGAGAGGAUAUCUUUGAAAUGCAAAAGGGCUCUAUCAAGCCUGGCGCUCGUGUCAUUAUCAUUGAUGAUUUGAUUGCUACUGGUGGUUCUGCUGGAGCUGCUGGUGAACUCGUCAAGAAAUCCGAAGCCAUCACUGUCGAGUAUGUUUUCGUUAUGGAGCUUGCCUUUUUGAAUGGUACCAAGAAGCUCGAUGCCCCUGUCUACUCUUUGAUUCAGCUGUAA